AUAGAUAGAUAGAUAGAUAAUCACAACAUAAGACAUAUCGUAAGAAAUUAACCGCUGUCCUCGGAUGAUACAAAUCCCUUUAAGCAUUUAAAAUGGUUGUUCAGUCCGUCCCAGAAUGUAAUCAUUAUUUUCCAGCGGGAAAAAAGGAACACUUGAAAAUUGUUUAUGCUAGCACUGUCCGAAAUAGCAACAUAAAAACACACAAACAAUAAAUAAAAAGAGAGAUUAUCAGUGCGUCCCAGUCCCUUGCAGUAAACUCCGUUCUGUAGUGAAGGGAGGCCUUUUAGAAGGCCUUUCCGAAGUGCCCACGGCCUACGGAUUGCUUUGUAUUUCCUUUAAAAUUCCCAGACACCCACACAGGGUUAUAGCCUAUCUGUUUCCACUGUUCCACAGAGAAAAACGACGAAACGAAGCUAUCCGAACUAUUGUGAAGUCCGUUUCAGAUUACAGCUGGCUGCAGCAACACAAUUUAGUUUUAAUUUCUAAUCAUAUCGAUGUGACUGGCCAAUAGAAUUUAAUCCAAUGCAGAAAAAAAAAAUUCUGAAAAAAAAUAAUAAUAAAUAAAUCCACAUAUCUAUGAGUGAAUAAUGGGGGUUUUCUUUGUUGUGAUCUUCGAGGAAAAAGGCGAAUUCUUGAGGGUGGCUGCUGUCAAGCGCUUUGCCGGCGAAAAGAUUGAUCACCCUUGCUGCCUCUCUACUCCUGCUCUAAAAAUAUCUACCCCCUUUUCCCAUUCGUUUUAAACUUGGACGCAUCCAAUUGUACUAAAUUGUUCAUUAAAUAACAUUAUAUUGUUGCUUUCUUCACCACUGUGCAAUAGAAUUUCAAGUCAACAUACAUAAUUUCCAUUCGUAAACGCGACCUCACGAUGAACUUUUAGUUGUUGUCACAGUCAACAAAUGUUUCACACACACACAUACACACUCACACUGGUAACAACUAUUUUUCGCGCGGUAUUAUAGGCCUACGUCCAAUCUAGAGCUUCAUUUAAAGAGAUAAGAAAAAUAUUUAUAAAAACAUUAUUUGACAAUUAUCUAACUUGCAAACUUACGCUCUUUAAUGUCCCAGUUUUCAGCAAUUCUUCAGAGGCUGUGUUUAUAAAAAAAAAGAGAAAAAAAAUUCCAAUUAAAGUAAACCCCAAAAUAAUUUAUUUGUAUCGUAAUGGCUGGAAAUGACUAUUCGGCAAAUGUGGCGGACAAUCUCACCAUCACUCUUGUACAUCCUUAUUUAUGUGCUUGAUAAAAUAAAUAUUUCUAGACCUAGGCUACAUCUCUUGUCUGUUAGUCUUGUCAAAACUUUUAAGAUUAAUGACCCUUGAUUGUAAAUACGCAAGAAGCCAUAUUGUAGAUGUCCUUAUCAGGCAAGGCCUGUGAAUUACAUCACCAGUAGUUCUACAUUUGUUAUUGUCUAACAUAAGAGGCCCGCACUUUACCCCUCACAACAAAAACAGGACUGUCCAAACACAUGGCAGCCGAGAGCUUUUUUAUUUUUAUUUCGUCCAUAUUACAAUAUACUGAAUUAUAAUAUCUUGGUGUAUUUUUUUUUUUUAUCAAUUCAGACAAAUAUUGCUUUCUUUUGCCACCAGGCCCCGAAUUUCGAUUGGCUGAGAUGAGUCAUGUGACCAGGAAUUGGCUGCAAUUUCGCCCAUAGUCUUCAGUUUAGUAGACCCUGGUCCCCAUACGCUAGUAAUAUCACCAAUAUACACAAUUAUUAAAGCCCGCAAAUGCCGUCAUAGCAGGAACGCAAAAUAAAUCCUAGCUUUUUGGAUGUUAUUUUUUGCGUAUGUUGGUGUCGCUGGACGCCCUUUUUGCCCAGGCGAAGCGAUGAAUUUUGAAUUUGAGAGGGAGAUUGGGUUCAUCAACAGCCAGCCUUCCCUUGCAGAGUGCCUGACGUCUUUCCCCGCUGUCCUGGAGUCAUUUCAAACUUCAUCAAUCAAGGACUCGACAGCAAUUCCACCUCCUUUCGAGCACACCAUCCCCAGUCUGAGUCCCUGCACAGGCAACCAGGCGCGACCGAGGAGCCAAAAGCGAACUGCCUCCAAUGGCCUCCAGCUCCGGACACAAACAACACCGCCGACGCAGCACCAGCAAGGCCCGGCCCCGCUGUCGGGUGGCGCGCCCCUGGCUCACGAGUUCCCAUGGAUGAAAGAGAAAAAAUCUUCGAAGAAGUGCCCCAAGCCCGGAGCCACUGCUGCUGCUGCUGCAGUCGCAGCCUCCCCAUCUCAGGCAUCCUCCGGAUACACAAUCCCGGGACUGGAGUCCCCGACAGAGGCUCAAGGUGGACUGGAUAAUGGCAGCGGUUCACGGAGGCUGAGGACCGCAUACACCAACACGCAGCUACUUGAAUUGGAGAAGGAGUUUCACUUUAACAAAUACCUCUGUCGGCCCCGGCGCGUUGAAAUAGCAGCACUUUUGGAUCUAACCGAACGCCAAGUCAAAGUGUGGUUUCAAAAUCGACGCAUGAAACACAAAAGACAAACUACGCACCACCGGGACGGGCAAGAAGGCGAGCCCAGCGGUUUCGAGCUCCUGGAGGGAACCGACGAUGCUUCACCGUAUUCGAGCCAAUCACUGGAAGCAUCUGGUUCUGGCUCCGGUUCGGCAGCAACUUCUGAGAGUGAGACGUGCCCGACAGCCGCCUCCUACACGAACAGAGCGGACAAAAGCCAGCCCACGCCUGAAGAGGGCCAGGCGAACCAGCCGGAGCCUGCAUCUGUUCCUGACAUAGCGGUUCACUCCCCCCCGUAUCCAACGCCUACUGCUGAUAACCCCAGCACAAUGGCUGAGGUCCGAGCAACUGGGCCGGAGCAUUCGUUCACAGAGCCGCAGGAUGCCACCUCAUUACCCGAGUUGAAUUUCUUUUCGACGGACUCAUGCCUACAGAUUUCGGACGCUUUAUCGCCGAGUUUGCAGAGCUCUCUGGACAGUCCAGUUGACUUCUCUGAGGAAGAUUUUGACUUGUUUACGAGCACCCUUUGUACUAUAGAUUUGCAGCAUUUACAGUUCUGAACAAUUAUGACAUCAAAAUGCAUACAAGAACAAUCGAACUCCAUCUUAUUGCAGCAUCUUAAUGCUUCUCGACCGCAACAUUCCUGUAAUAAGACAUUUAAAAAAGUGAAAAGAGAUCUAACUAAACAGUUAAAAAAGGCGUGAAACAAUGCCUAAAAGGAAAUAAAUGGUCCAUUAUUUUGAAAAUACGAUGAUGUAAUCUUUUUGAAUACACAUCGGGAUGGCCCCUGUCGAAGUUUCAGGUAUUUUAUUGCCUUUUAAUUCUCGGAUUUUAGUUCAUGUCGACUAACAGAUGAAUGGUUGCGGACUUUUUCAGUGAAACUCAAUCAUUGGAAUCUCAGGAAUUGUGUCAGACAUAAGGGUAGUUGAACUGCUUUUAAGAAUUCUCCCAAGGCGGGCGUUGUCCCUAUUGAAUAAUUUUAGAACUAGUUUAUUUAUUGAGAUUCUUUAAUAGUAAAUUUCAAAUUUAUUUAUUGUACGUUAUUUUCAUAGUUGAAAUAAAAAAAAUAAAAAAAUAAAAAACAUGGUGGAGCGAGUGUGAUUUGAUUCUGUAAGCUUUAAUGAAUUAUUUCAUUAAGAAUGUGUAAUAUUUGCAUAUAGGCUAAAUUAAUUUUAAUAAUUUGUUCUUUCUCCUCGGUAUUGAUGUAUUGUGAUGAAACUACACAAUUCAGUCCGCAGGUUAAGUUAAUGUUUGAGGAACGUUAUAAAGAGUAUAUGCAAAGUUUAUUCUUAUAAUACUAAUUAUUAUUAUUAUUAUUAUUAUUAUUAUGCUGCUAUCAUUAUAUUGUGAUGAAUAAUAUUCUGUGUUAUUAAUACUCAUAGGCUACGAGAAAGAGGUGGGAACUGCAUAAGUUCAGGAAAAAAAAGAAUAAGCAAGUAAACGUGUACAAAUUCAAAAUACAUUUUUAAAACAAGCAAAAAAAAAAAAAUAAAAAAAUAAAAUCAACGAACCUUUUUAAACAAUGCAGCACGAACAGUGAUUAUCAUGAAUUUUUGUAACGAAAAAUUAAGACAAUAUAUUCUUUACAAAAUCGUCUGUGUUGGAUAACAUUAGACGUAAAAAGCAGCAGCACGGAUAUUAUUUAUUUUUGAUGGAUGUUUUAAGCAGCAGCAAAAACAAACAAACAAAAAAAAAGUCUCGGGAUAAUGUGCAGGAGGAUCAAGCGCUUGACUGGGAUGUGGGCUCCCAUGGCUGCACGCGCCCUGAUGCAAAAUGGCGCUCGAAACACAAUGAAGGAUAUGAACAAUAAAGCGGCAGCCAUUAUGGAUAGUUUAGACUGCAGCUGCGAGCGGGAUGCUCCGAUCUGGCCCGUUGUCACUUGAAACAAUCAAUUUAGACAAACACAGGCCAGAUUUGUAUGAGUUAAAACAACGAUUCUUUAAUUAUUAUUAUUUUUUAAUAUCUUGUAACAAACAUUAGACACCUUAUGUAACUGCUGGAUCUGAGCCUUUAUGAAGCAGAUCAUCUUACAAUAACAGGGUGGUUAAAACUACUAGUACUACAACUAAUAAUAACAAUAAUAUUUAUUAUUAUUUUUCACAUCCCUACUUUAAAUAAACAUCAGACUGUGAUAGUAAUACCAUAAAACACUUUAUAUGGUACAAAAAAGCCUUGAUAAAUGUUUUUGCCUAUUUUAUCAUUCCUAUUUGUCUUUGACCCUGAGAGAAUGUAGGCCUACAUAAUGUUUCCAUCACCCAGGUCAGACUUCUGUUAUCUCUCUGUUAUGAGUUUGAAGCAGCAAGUAAAACAACAUUUUAAUGCAAUUUAAAUAUUUGAAUAGGUCUUUGCUUGGUUUACAUGAGCAGUGCCAGUAAAUUACCCCUGUGUACGUUGAACAGGUGCUCUGCUCAUAUUACUGGAAAGGUGGAUCUGGUCACAGUAGACCUAUGGCAGCUAGGAGUUUAAUGCUAUAUGUGUACAAGAGCCACACACUGAAUUAAUACACUCACCUGCAUUCAUCAGAAUUAAGGACAAAUGAAUGAUAUCCAAUCUCAAGCAAAAGCUUACGUUUGCUAUUGUGUUAUGAGUAGAAGUGUGAAAUACAGAUGGAUAAAUAAAAUGACAGAUGUCUCUUGUGCUGCUGAAUAAAAAGGAGUGUGAUUUUGGCCAGCUGGCUGGCAUCUAUCCCUAAAUUCCAGUGUCCAUUUCAAGUCAUCAAGUUUGAUUUCCGGUAUUUAGUUUUGGUUUAAGUCCUGGUUUGGGAUUUCUUAACUUCCUGAUGCAAGCAUAUACAGCACUUGUUCACUAUCUCAUUUCAGACAUCUGCCCGACUUUUGUUUAAUUCACCUGAGACAGGUGAGAGAGAUUUACAUAUCAACAUAUCUCCAAACAAGAUAAACAAGGUCUUCUCUGCCCUGAGGCCACACAAGUUUGGCAAAUAUUAACACUCUAGUUGUGAUUUUUCCCCCAUUAGCCUGAUAAUUUGAGGUGUGGCUGGGUCAAGUUUUUUCUCAGUCCCUAUGCUUUGCUUGGUGGCCUGCCAGCUCGUUUUUAUCAGUACAGCUCUUUCUGUUUAUAUAUUUUGCAGAGCACAGUACUUUGGGACAGCGAAGUCUAAAAUAAGGAGAGGUGUGGUGGCAUAGGGAUUUUCUCACAUGAGAAAAUGGGCCAAUGUUUACAGUGGUGCAUCCUGGGUAAUGCUAUGCCUGAAGCAGUAGUGGGACAAGCCAAGAUUGAAGUGGAAAUGUCUCCUGCCCUAUUUCAGUCAAACCACCAUGAAGGCUCAGUUUAAUCACUGAAGUGGCUAGGAAACCAAAGUACUUUGUCAUAGGACAACAACAAUAACAAUGGUAACAGCAAAACAUUAUCUUAGCUUAUUUUAGAAUGGCCCUAUAAGACUUUACGGUUAGCAGUGUCAACACAUCGUAUUGGAUUAUGAGCUAUAUGUAAACAGCUCCCUUUGUAAUAACUCUUGUAUUCAUUUGUUAAGCAAAGACUCUUUGUUCAUAAAAGCCUGUGACUACAGAGCUACUGGUCACACGCUUAUCAAAUGAAGCAUUAUAGCAUAUGUGGAUCAAAACGGUAACUGCCAAUUUAAAAAAAACCCACAGAUGUUAAUGCAACAACACCACUAAGAUGCACCACUUUGUGCUCUGAAAACAGAGGGAUUACAAUGCCAACUGAAACCUCUCCUGUGAAAUUUCAUAACGUGAAACAUUUCAUAGCUUGUGCAAUUCAAUUUGCAGAACAUGUUCGGCAUGCAGCCGUAGCACAUUUUACUGAAAAACAAGACGCAUCAUAUUCACAUAAACUCUCUAUUUUUCAAACAUUAAGUCAGUUUAUGUACACUGAAAUAGAAAAAGGAAAAAAGAUAUUUUCACAAAUAUGGACAUUUCAAAUGCAUAUAGAUCUGAUAAUCAUUAUAUAACGUUUGAUAAUAACAUCAUAAAGAGGUAUAUUAAAGUUUUGGUCUCUCUAGGAAAUCUUUUCUAUGUAAAGAAUGCUGACAAAUAGUAAAAGGAAACUGCAUGUACAAACUAGAAAUACUGAAAACAAAGCCUGUGUGGCAAGUUUUGUGAAUGUACACACAAACCUAAUUAUAGUAUUAGGCAUUUAGCUAUCUGCUAAUUACUGCAACUCUCUAAAGGAAACAAAAUAGGUGGGGAGCUGUCAAUGGUAGGCAUAUAAAGGGAUGGCCAAAGAGCAAGUCAGCAGUACAAUAUUAUCAACAAUAGAAAACUCAAUUUACAUGAUCACAUCAUCGCUCACUAUAUUCACAGAAAUGAACACACUGUUUUGUCAGCGCUGAACCUUGAAGGGACAGUUCACUCAUAUAUGAAAAUUUUCUCACACUCAAGUUGUUCCAAACCUGUAUGAAUUUCUUUCUUCUGAUGAACACAAAAGAAGAUAUUUUGACAAAUGUGUGUAAUCAAAAAGGUGAUGGUCCCCAUUGACUUCCAUAGUAUUUAUUUUUUUUUUUUUCAUAAUAUGGAAGUCAUUGGGCACCAACAACUUUUUGGUUACCCACAUUCUUCAAAAUAUCUUCUUUUGUGCUCAGCAGGACAGAAACUAAUGAAACUAAUAGGUUGGGAACAAUUUUAGUAAUGAUCACAGAACAUUCAUUGUUGGGUGAACUAUUCCUUUAAGUGAAACUGCUGAUUAAACCUGCUGAUUAAUGUUUGGGUGAAUUAGUGCCUAAUUGCUGCUUACCCUUUGCCACUGACGCUUAGGUUUAAGGGUGGGAUUAGAGGUGGGUCUUCAUGCUUACUCUCUCUAAAAAUCAUAUGUUUUCAUAUUAAUCCAAUUGUAAGAAUUCAUACAAAAUCACUACCUAGUAAAUAGUUUUCUUACGAGAACGGAAGCAAAAAUUAUAACUUCAGGCCGAGCUAGAAUACUCUGUGAUAGAUAUGGCUUAAAGCAUUCAUUGCUUUUCACCAUUUACACAAUGAAAAUAAAGUAAUCCUUUGGUAUGUUAACAUUAGCAGUACGCCAAGAAAGCUCACUGAAAGCAUGGUGUACAUUUCAAAAUGUUUUCUAAAGACAGCGACAGAUGGUGAUGCACAAAGAAUGGGACAGUCUGUAUAUUGGCUCAAGACCUUGCAUGUCUUUCUGCACCAACUAAAAAAAAAAAAAAAAAACCCUGUUAAAUAUAAAAUGGCUUUUGACUCUGAUAUGCUUGCAAGGUUUUAAUCUGGGAGAACUUUGUUGGUCUGUGAUUUUUGUGUUGAUUCAAGUUCAUGGAUGUUAGUUCACCUGAAUUGUCAUUGACCAGAACUCUUAAUUUGAUUAAAAAUACUAAAAUGUUAAGUUUCCUUGGAACCUAAAAGUAAAAACAAAACAACAACAACAAAAAAACUCAACUAAAAACUGGAGAAGGAAUUAAGUCCUUGGGUGUAAAAAAGACAAAAGAAUUUGGGGAGCAACAUGAUAUAACUCUGCUGGAGUUUAUGGCAUGCCGAUUCCCUUCUUCAACAGCAGAAUCAGAAACAGGUGAAAGUAUAUGAGCUUUUGUAUGCUUGAAGCAGACCCUUCAAAGCUGUCCGUAUCUUCUCAGAGGGUGAGGGGGCAUUCAUUAACACUUGUACAGUAUCUAACAGCAACACAUUUUACCCUUAACCCUGCCAACAAGAGAAUGUGCUGACAAUACCUUUGAGCAAUCAUGCUCUGUUCUGGUGCUAUAGUAGACAAGAUGACAGCUUCAAGUCACCCAAAAACGUAAUGUAUCCACUGACAUUCCAUUGCAGGCUUGAAGAGCAAAGCAGGUGUGCUACAUGCUAUCAGUCUUUGCACUGAUUUACAGUAGGCCUAAUAGCUAGUUGUCCAUUGAAUUUUUAUUUUUUAUUUUACAUUGUAAUUAGGAUUUUAGGUUUAACUGUAUGUGAAUGCAGGGUUUCCCAUACAUUGGUUUAUUUGUGGCGGCCUGCC